UUCUAACCUUUGCUCCUUGUAUAUUUAUCUCCUAUUAUAAAAUAAAAAUACAUUAAGUAACUGUUUCAUGAAUAUAAGCAAUAACAAUCAAGGUUUUGACGUUUGUUGGACUUUACCCUCAGUGAUAAUUUACAUAUAUUUGAAUGAAGUCUGUUCACAAAGUUAUCAAAUUAAGCAUGUCUCUAGCUCCAGAAAUUCUGUUAUCUAGUGCAGCAAGAGAAAGGUGUAUUUCUAACAUAAGUGAAUUACCGUCCUUCAAUGUAAGAGGUGGAAACCCGAAGCACACUGCGUCUGUCUUAGUACCUGUAUGUGUGGAUAACAGUGAGGUCUGUCUUUUGUAUACUUUGAGAUCCAGCAAUCUAAGCUCACACAGUGGUCAAGUGUCCUUUCCAGGCGGGAAAAUUGACAAGGACGAGACCGUAUACGAUGCUGCAUUAAGAGAAGCGGAAGAGGAAAUAGGUGUGCCUGCCAAAGACAUAAAUAUUUGGACCAAAAUGAACCAAGUUCAAGGUCGAGAUGGAAACAUGUUGAUUACACCUGUUGUAGGCGAAAUUAUGAAUUUUGAUAUGAAGAAGUUGACCCCAAAUGAAGGUGAAGUAGCUGAUAUAUUUACAAUUCCUAUGAAAGUUUUCUGUGACACAAAUAAUCAUGGUUGCUAUAAAUACAAUAAUUAUGCCAUACCGGUUUACAAUGGUGGCAAACACACAGUUUGGGGCAUCACAGGAAUAAUCACACACAUGUUCCUGAAUUCCUUUUUGCCAAAAGAACUUUACUGUCCAGACUUUUUAAAAAAAGAAUAUAAACUCCAUGAGUUGUUGCCUGCAAAGCUAUAAACAAACCGGAAAAUGAAUAGACAAUUUCAAAUAUUUUUUUAUUCUUUAUACAUGGGUCUAGGAACUGUUGUAAGAAAUCCUAUAUUGUGUAAUCAGCUUUUAUAGCAUAGAAUAUCAGAGUACAUAAUUAAUAUUUAAUAGUUACAUAUAAUGUAAAUUAUGUGAAGUACAAUAGGACUAAUCUUAUAAAAAGGUAACUGAUGAGGUGCAGGUAUAAUAUUAACUUAAGCUUAUACCUUUUAAGAACUGAAAACGACUUAAAUGAAAAUGCAAACACAUAGUCUCGGUUUUUAUUUGUUUUUAUUUUGUUGCAAUGUUCUUAGAUAUUUUAAUCUUUGUUUCAGAAGUUAUUUAUCUGUAAAUCAAAUUAUUUUUAUAUAUUAUUUUAAAUUACAUUAUGGUGGGCAGGACCCAGUGUUUAUAGGAGGCUGUUGUAAUCAGUUUUUACAGUCAGUAUUUAAAUGUUAAGUAGAUGCAGAUGUUGGUAUUCAUUAUAUAGAUAUAGAUUGCAAAGUCCAUUCUGUCUUAAAAAAAAAUUAAUAAGUGAUAGCUGAUCACAUUAAAUUAUGUGCAAAAAAGUGGUAUUGACCAACUCUAAGAAAUUCUGCCACUGUAGAUGCAAAUUGAAUUAUAUAAUGUGCAUCAUACAACUCAAUUUGCUUAAAAUGUUAGCUAGGAUAUACACUGUUUGUAUACUCAGUGUGCUGAGCUAUUAAUUACAUUCAAAACCUCAUUAGUUCUUCAUAUAUUAAAUUGUCUAUGUAAAGAGUACCAACAUGUGCACAAAACCUCUUUGCAGACUAUUCCACUAUCAGCAAGUGAUAAGAUUCUGUUGUAUAUUAGAAAAUAAACCAAUCUCUGUGGUGAUAAGUUAUUUAUAAAAUAAGUACACAUAGUGUAUUAUGUCAGACAUAUUUAUAGUUAUAAUAAAUAUAUGAACAUAUCAA